AUGGCUGGUGUCAUAGAGUACCCUAGACGUCAAACAGCGUCUACAAGCAUUGAUUUUGGAGCCAAAUUUCAGCAAGAAGUUACUAGUCAUGUAAAGGAGUUCAAGGAGAGACAACAAGUUAAAGAAGAAGAAAGCAAAGUCCUUGAUGUUAAAAGAAGAUGCCGUAUAUUUAUUGUUGAGGCCAUCGAUCAAAUGACAACCAAAUUUUGGCUUGGUGUCUAUCAUCAUGAAAACUUCAAGGAAUUGGCAGCUUAUGCACUUAAUUGCCUAGUCACACCAGCAAGCAAUGCUAUUGUUGAACGAAUAUUUUCUCUGAGCCUCACCGAAGCAGCCUCUCGGGAGCUGUGUACUAGUAGCAACAAGGGUAAAGGUUUGGCUCUCUUUAAUACGCAGAACGAGGGGAUGAAAAGACAGGCUUGUGAGAAGAUUGCAGAAGGAAGGAAUACCACCUCCCUGUUCCCAGCCACAGGGAAUACCACCUCCCCUGUUCCCCAGCCACAGGGAAUACCACACCCCUGUUCCCAACCACAGGAAUACCACCCUCCCUGUUCCCCAGCACAGGAAUACCACCCCUGUUCCCAGCCACAGGAAUACCACCUCCCUGUUCCCAGCCACAGGGAAUACCACUCUGCCCCAACCACAGAAUACCACCUCCUGUUCCCAGCCACAGGGAAUCCUCCUCUGUUCCCCAGCCACAGGAAUACCACCUCCCCUGUUCCCAGCAACCACAGGAAUACCACCUCCCUGUUCCCAGCCACAGGAAUACCACCUCCCUGUUCCCAACCACAGGGAAUACCACCCCCUGCCCCAACCACAGAAUACCACCUCCCUGUUCUCAGCCACAGGAAUACCACUCUGUUCCAACCACAGAAUACCACCUCCCUGUUCCCAACCAGGGGAACACACCUCCCUGUUCCCACCCACAGGAAUACCACCUCCCUGUUCCCUGCUACAGGAAUACCACCCCCUGUUCCCCAGCCACAGGAAUACCACCUCCUGUUCCCAACCACAGGAACACCCCCUGUUCCCUCACCACAAGGAAUACCCACCUCCUGUUCCCAACCACAGGGAAUACCACCUCUGUUCCCCAACCACAGGAAUACCACCUCUGUUCUCAGCCACAGGAAUACCACCUCCCCUGUUCCCAACCACAGAAUACCACCUCCUGUUCCCCAGCCACAGGAAUACCACCCCCUGUUCCUGCACAGGGAAUACCACCUCCUGUUCCGCACAGAGAAUACCACCUCUGUUCCCAACCACAGAAUACCACUCUGUUCCCAGCCACAGGAACACACUCUGUUCCCCAACCACAGGAAUACCACCCCUGUUCCCAACCACAGGAAUACCCACCCCUGUUCCCAGCCACAGGAAUACCACCCCCUGUUCCCAACCACAGGAAUACCACCCCCUGUUCCCAGCCACAGGAAUACCACCUCCCUGUUCCCAGCCACAGGAAUACCACCUCCCCUGUUCCAACCACAGGAAUACCACCUCCUGUUCCCAACCACAGGAAUACCACCACUCUGUUCCCCAACCACAGGAAUACCACCUCCCUGUUCCCAGCCAAUAGAAUACCACCUCCCCUGUUCCCAACCACAGGAAUACCACUCUGUUCUCAGCCACAGGAAUACCACCUCCCUGUUCUGUUCAGGAAUACCACCUCCCUGUUCCCAAUCAAGGGAAUACCUCCUCUGUUCCCCAACCACAGGAAUACCACCUCCCCUGUUCCCCAGCCACAGGGAAUCACCACCUCCUCUGUUCCCAACCACAGGAAUACCACUCUGUUCCCAGCCACAGGGAAUACCACCUCCCUGUUCCCCAGCAGAAUACCACCUCCUGUUCCAACCACAGGGAACACCACCUCUGUUCCCAAACCACAGGAAUACCACCUCCCUGUUCCCAGCCACAGGAAUACCACCUCCCUGUUCCCCAACCACAGGAAUACCACCUCUGUUCCCCUGUUCAGCCACAGGGAUGACCACCUCUGUUCCCAACCACAGGAAUACCACCUCCCCUGUUCCCAGCCACAGGGACACCUCUGUUCAACCACAGGGAAUACCACCUCCUGUUCCCCCACAGAAACUCCCACAGAACCACCUCUCUGUUCCCCAACCACAGGAAUACCACCCUGUUCCCCAGCCACAGCCCACCCCUGUUCCCAGCCACAGGGAAUACCACCCCCACUCAGCCACAGGAAUACCACUCCCCUGUCCCAACAGGAAUACCACCUCCCCUGUUCCCCAACCACAGGAAUACCACCUCCCUGUUCUCAGCCACACAGGAAUACCACCUCCCCUGUUCUCCCACAGGGAAUACCACCUCCCUGUUCCCAGCCAUAGGAAUACCACCCCUGUUCCUCAGCCACAGGAAUACCCACCUCCCUCAGCCACAGGAAUACCACCUCCCUGUCUCAGCCACAGGAAUACCACCUCCCUGUUCCCUGUCACAGGAAUACACCUCCUGUCCUGUCACAGGAAUACCACUCCUGUUCCCAGCCACAGGAAUACCACCUCCCUGUUUCCAGCCACAGGGAAUACCACCUCCCUGUUCCCCAACCACAGGAAUACCACCUCUGUUCCCAGCCACAGGAAUACCACUCCCUGUUCCCCAGCCACAGGAAUACCACUCCCCUCCCCACAGGAAUACCACUCUGUUCCCCAGCCACAGGAACACCACCUCUGUUCCCCAACACAGGAAUACCCACCCCCCUGUUCCCAGCCACAGGAAUACCACUCCCAGUCAGUCACACCUCCUGCCUUCACAGAAUACCACCUCCCUGUCUUGACAGAAUCCCCCUGUUCACGGAAUACCACCGUCUCUGUUCACAGGAACACCUCCUGUUCCCACCACAGGAGCAAUACCCCUGUUCCCCAACCACAGGAAUACCACCUCCCCUCUGUUCCCAACCACAGGAAUACCACCACCCCUGUUCCCAACAUAACAGGAAUACCACCUCCCCUGUUCCCAGCCACAGGAAUACCACCUCUGUUCCCAACCACAGGAAUACCACCCCUGUUCCCCAGCCACAGGAAUACACCUCCUGUUCCCCAACCACAGGAAUACCACCUCCCUGUUCCCACACACAGGAAUACCACCUCCCUGUUCCCACCACAGAAUACCACUCCCCUGUUCCCACAGAAACCACCUCCUGUUCUCAGCCACAGGAAUACCACCCCUGUUCCCAACGGAAUACCACCUCCCUGUUCCUGCCACAGGAAUACCACCUCCCCUGUUCCCAGCCACAGGGAAUACCACACCCCCCUGUUCUCAGCCACAGGGUACCACCUCCCCUGUUCCCCAACCACAGGGAAUACCACCUCUGUUCCCCAGCCACAGGGAAUACCACACCCCUGUUCCCAGCCACAGGAACACCACUCCCCUCAGCCAGGGAAUACCACCUCCCUGUUCCCACACAGGGAAUACCACCUCCCCUGUUCCAGCCACAGGAAUACCACCCCUGUUCUCAGCCACAGGGAAUACCACUCCCUGUUCCAGCCAUGGACCACCCCUGCCCUGUUCAGAAUACCACCCAGGAAUACCACCUGUUCCCAACCACAGGAAUACCACCUCCUGUUCCCAGCCACAGGAAUACCACCUCCCUGUUCCCAACCACAGGAAUCCACCUCCUGUUCCCAGCCACAGGGAAUACCACCUCCCCUGUUCCCAGCCACAGGAAUACCACCUCCCCUGUUCCCCAGCCACAGGAAUACCACUCCCUGUUCCCCCAGGAACACACCUCCCUGUUCCCCUGUCACAGGGAAUACCACCUCCCCUGUUCCUGCAGGAAUACCACCUCCCCCCCCGCACAGGAUACCACCUCCCCUGUUCGCCACAGGAAUACCACCCCUGUCCCUGUUCACAGGAAUACACCUCCCCUGUUUCCCACAGGAAUACCACUCCUGUUCCCAACGAACACCUCCUGUUCCUGCAACCAGGAAUACCACCUCCCUGUUCCCAGCCACAGGAAUAACACCUCCCUGUUCCCAGCCAACAGGAAUACCACCUCCCUGUUCCCCAACCACAGGGAAUACCACUGUCCAGCCAAUACCACCUCCUGUUCCGCCACAGAAUACCACCUCCCCUGUUCCUCCAGGAAUACCACCUCCCCCAACCACAGAAUACCACUGUUCCUGUCACGGAAUCCACCCUUCCUUCAAAGGAAUACCACCUGUUCCCAACCACAGGGAAUACCACUCUGUUCCCACCACAGAAUACCACCUCCCUGUUCCUGCCACAGGGAAUACCACCUCCCUGUUCCUGUCCACAGGGUCACCACCUCCCUGUUCCCAACCACAGGGAAUACCACCUCCCCUGUUCCCCAGCCACAGGUACCACCUCCCUGUUCCCAGCCACAGGAAUACCACCCCUGUUCCCAGCCACAGGAAUACCACCUCUGUUCCCAGCCACAGGGAAUACCACCCCUGUUCCCAGCCACAGGGACACACCUCCCUGUUCCCCAGCACACAGGAAUACCACCUCUGUUCCCAGCCACAGGAAUACCACCUCCCCUGUUCCCAACCACAGGGAAUACCACCUCCCCUCCCCAGCCACAGGAAUACCACCUCCUGUUCCCAGCCACAGGGAAUACCACCUCCUGUUCUCAGCCACAGGAAUACCACCUCCUGUUCCCAGCCACAGGAAUACCACCCCUGUUCCCAACCACAGGAAUACCACCUCCUGUUCCCAGCCACAGGAAUCACCUCCCCUGUUCCCAGCCACAGAAUACCACUCUGUUCCCAGCCACAGGAAUACCACCUCCCUGUUCCCAACCACAGGAAUACCACCCCCCUGUUCCCAGCCACAGGGAAUACCACCUCCCCUGUUCCCAGCCACAGGGAAUACCACCUCCUGUUCCCAACCACAGGAAUACCACCUCCUGUUCCCAGCCACAGGAACACCUCCCCUGUUCCCAGAAUACCACCUCCUGUUUCCAGCCAGGAAUACCACCUCCCUGUUCCCAACCACAGGGAAUACCACCUCCCUGUUCUCAGCCACAGGGAAUACCACCUCCCUGUUCCCAGCCACAGGAAUACCCCACUCUGUUCCCAAACCACAGGAAUACCACCUCCCUGUUCCCAGCCACAGGAAUACCACCUCCCUGUUCCCAGCCACAGAGAAUACCCACCUCCUGUUCCCAGCCACAGGAAUACCACCUCCCUGUUCCCAGCCAGGAAUACCACCUCCCCUGUUCCCCCACAGGAAUACCACCUCCUGUUCUCAGCCACAGGAAUACCCACCUCCCCUGUUCCCAACCACAGGAAUACCACCUCCCCUGUUCCCAGCCACAGGAAUACCACUCCCUGUUCCCAGCCACAGGAAUACACCACCUCCUGUUCCCAACCACAGGAAUACCUCCCCUGUUCUCAGCCACAGGAAUACCACCUCCCCUGUUCCCACAGGAAACCACCUCCCUGUCCCAACCACAGGAAUACCACCUCCCUGUUCCCAGCCACACAGGAAUACCACCUCCCUGUUCCCAGCCACAGGGAAUACCACCUCCCUGUUCCCAGCCACAGGGAAUACCACCUCCCUGUUCCCAACCACAGGAAUACCACCUCCCUGUUCCCAGCCACAGGAAUACCACACCUCCCCUGUUCCCAGCCACAGGAAUACCACCUCCCCUGUUCCCAACCACAGGGAAUACCACCUCCCCUGUUCCCAGCCACAGGGAAUACCACCUCCCCUGUUCCCAACCACAGGGAAUACCACCUCCCCUGUUCCCAACCACAGGGAAUACCACCUCCCCUGUUCCCAGCCACAGGGAAUACCACCUCCCCUGUUCCCAGCCACAGGGAAUACCACCUCCCCUGUUCCCAGCCACAGGGAAUACCACCUCCCCUGUUCCCAGCCACAGGGAAUACCACCUCCCCUGUUCCCAGCCACAGGGAAUACCACCUCCCCUGUUCCCAGCCACAGGGAAUACCACCUCCCCUGUUCCCAGCCACAGGGAAUACCACCUCCCCUGUUCCCAGCCACAGGGAAUACCACCUCCCCUGCUUCCAACCAUAG